AGGAGGACGAGGCGGGCCAGCGGGUGGGAGGAGGAAGGAGGGAGGAGAGUUACGGAACAAGCCGAUGUUUGCCGAAGGGAGAGAUUGAAGGGCGUUGGGCUUGGCGAAGGCAGCCGAUGUUUCCCGAAGGCAGAGUCGCCCGAGAGCAAAGGGGACAGAGGGGACGGAGCGUGUCGGAAACAGCCGAAAAGAGCCGACGUUAACCGAGCGCGGCGUCGCCCGAGUUUCCCGGAUGUAGUUGGAGGAGCGGCGGCGGCGGUGGCGGCGGGCGCAGCGGGGGGAGGAGGCGGCCGCGGCGGCAGCAGCAACGGCGACGGCGGCGGAGUCCGUGCUCCCGGAGUGUCUCAGCGCGCGCGGGGCCGAGUUGCUGGCGUCUCCCCUUUCGCUGUGCGCGGAGGAGAUGGGCCCGUGAGCGCUGCUCCCAGCCGAGCUGCCUGAGCCGCCCCCUCCCUCCCUUCCCCCCUCCCUGCCCCCGGUCGGCGGCGAGGCGGAGCGCUGCCUCCCCCUCCUCCCCCCUCGGCGCCUGUGGCCCGGCCGCGGCCGUCCCCUCCUGGUCCCCUCACACUCAGACACACAGGCCGGGCAUUGAUGGUAAUGUAUGCGAGGAAACAGCAGAGACUCAGUGAUGGCUGUCACGACCGCAGGGGGGACUCGCAGCCCUACCAGGCUCUUAAGUACUCAUCCAAGAGUCACCCCGGUGGUGGUGAUCACCGUCAUGACAAGAUGCGAGACACCACAGAUCCUUCACCACCAAAUAAAAUGUUGCGGCGCUCUGAUAGCCCUGAAAACAAAUACGGUGACAACACAGGGCACAGUAAAGCAAAAAGUGUGCAUACUCACAGAGUUAGAGAGAGGGAUGGUGGGACCAGUUACUCUCCACAAGAAAAUUCACAUAACCAUAGUGCUCUUCAUAGUUCAAAUUCGCAUUCUUCUAAUCCCAGCAAUAAUCCAAGCAAAACUUCUGAUGCAGCUUACGAUUCUGCGGAUGAUUGGUCUGAACACAUCAGCUCUUCAGGCAAAAAAUACUACUACAACUGCCGAACAGAAGUUUCACAAUGGGAAAAACCAAAAGAGUGGCUGGAAAGAGAGCAGAGACAAAAAGAAGCAAGCAAAAUGUCAGUUAACAGUUUUCCAAAAGAUAGGGAUUACAGAAGAGAGGUGAUGCAGGCGACAGCUGCCAGUGGGUUUGCCAGUGGAAUGGAAGACAAACAUUCCAGUGACGCCAGUAGUAUGCUCCCACAGAAUAUUUUAUCUCAAACAAGCAGGCACAAUGACAGAGACUACAGACUGCCAAGAGCAGAGACUCACAGUAGUUCUACUCCAGUACAGCAUCCCAUCAAACCAGUGGUUCAUCCAACUGCUACCCCAAGCACUGUUCCUCCUAGUCCAUUUUCUCUACAAUCUGAUCACCAGCCAAAGAAAUCCUUUGAUGCUAAUGGAGCAUCUACUUUAUCAAAACUGCCUACAUCCACAUCUUCCAUCCCUGCACAGAAAACAGAGAGAAAAGAGUCUGCAUCUGUGGACAAGUCUGUAUCCCAUUCUUGCACAACUCCUUCUACAUCUUCUGCUUCUGGACUGAAUCCAACUUCUGCGCCUGCUUCAUCUGCUCCUACAGUUCCUGUCUCACCUGUACCACAAUCACCAAUUCCUCCGUUACUUCAGGACCCAAAUCUCCUUCGACAGCUGCUGCCUGCUCUGCAAGCCACCUUGCAGCUUAAUAAUUCUAGCGUAGAUAUAUCCAAAAUCAAUGAAGUUCUAACAGCAGCUGUGACACAAGCUUCUCUGCAGUCUAUACUCCAUAAAAUUCUUACUGCUGGACCAUCUGCUUUCAAUAUCACUUCCCUAAUUUCUCAAGCUGCACAACUGUCUACGCAAGCUCAGCCAUCUAAUCAGUCUCCAAUGUCUUUAACAUCUGAUGCCUCAUCACCAAGAUCAUAUGUAUCUCCAAGAAUAAGCACACCUCAGACUAACACUGUUCCGCUUAAGCCUUUGAUGACUACGCCACCGGUAUCGUCGCAGCAGAAGGUUGCUACUCCAGGUGUUAAACAAGGACCAGCUUCACAGGCAGCACCUCAGCAGCCGGUAAUAGCUGACAAGCAGGCGGGUCAUGAACCUGCCUCUCCACGAAGCCUUCAGCGCUCAAGUAGUCAAAGAAGCCCAUCACCAGGUCCAAAUCAUACCUCUAGCACUAGUGCAUCAAAUUCAACACCUGCACCGCAAAAUACAUCUGUACGACCCACUUGUUCAUUAACACCUACGCUAGCAGCACACUUCAAUGAAAACCUUAUAAAGCAUGUUCAAGGCUGGCCUGCAGAUCAUGCAGAAAAGCAGGCAUCAAGAUUACGUGAGGAAGCCCAUAACAUGGGAAGUGUCCAUAUGUCAGAAAUUUGUACUGAAUUAAAGAAUUUAAGGUCUUUAGUUCGAGUAUGUGAAAUUCAAGCAACUUUGCGUGAGCAAAGGAUACUAUUUUUGAGGCAACAAAUUAAAGAACUUGAAAAGCUAAAGAAUCAGAAUUCCUUCAUGGUGUGAAAAGUUGUAAACAAUUGCACAUGGUUUUGAGUACAGGAACUAUUAAACCGAUGCCCAGUCUUAACACUUUUGAGCUGCAUUUGAGUAGACUUUGGACCGUUGAGCUGGGCAGAAAAAAAGUUGACAUGGGGAAGGGGACAGGAGGGAGUCAAAUUCAGGGGAAAGAUACAAGAAUGAUUUGUAAAACCCUUGAAAUGUAGAUUUCUUGUAGAUGUAUUCUUCACGUUGUAAAUAUGUUUUGUAGAGUGAAGCCAUGGGAAGCCAUGUGUAUCAGAGCUUAGACAUCCAAAACUAAUCAAUGCUGAGGUGGCUAAAUACCUAGCCUUUUACAUGUAAACCUGUCUGCAAAAUUAGCUUUCUUUUUUUUUUUUUUCUUUUUUUUUUCUUUUUUUUUUUUUUUUUAGUUAAUUUAUCAUUCGGAAAUCUUGCAUUUCCUAAAAUUCAAUGCAAGCGCCAGGCGAUCUGUGUCUAAGGCUGCAACAAUUUGGGUAAUGUACAAAAUAUCAUGAAACAACUGUUUCCACACUUGCACCGAAUAGAGAGCAGUGCUUCUCCAUUUCUGUUUUACAGAGAAAUGUUUUUCAUUUUCUGUGUUCCAUUUCCCCGUGAAAUCCUAAAUCUGAUUUUAUCAGUUUUUUAAUGCUUCUAAUUUUCUCUUUUCUUAAGGCACUGUUGCUAUGGCACUUUUUCUAUAAUCUUUUCAUUCCUGUGUACAGUAGCUUAAAAUUGCAGUGAUUGAGCAUAACCCACCUGUUUGUAUAAAUUAUUGAAACGUAUUUCCAUUUGCACCCUGUAAGAAUGGACUUAUAGUACUGCUGGGCAUGUGUGCUGAAAGUACAUUACUUGCUCAAAUAUAAGGAAAUAGCCCAAUGAACAUGUUAACAUGGUUGUGGGAGGGGAAAGAGGAAAAAAAAAAAAGCUAGUCAGAUGUGAAUUGUAUCUGUUGUAAUAAACAUGUUAAAACAAAGAAACACUGGUUUUCAUUUCCUUUGGUCCACACAUUAAAAUUUGGUCUAUUUGGGGACUCUUUAUUAGAACUGUUCUUGUUGAACAUUUUUGUACUUAAAUAAUUCCUCAAGGGAGGUUUUGUUUAAAACUUGUAAACAGGAAAAUGUGUAUAAAAUAUUUAAUGAAAUAUAAAAUUCAACAAGAAUGAUUUAAGACACCUCCCCAACAGUUGUCAUAUGUUAACUCCUGGUUUACCUGUCUUGAUAUUAUGACAUUUCAUUUCGAAGGAUGUUUGUGUUGUAGCUGUUUAAGUCUGGUGCUGACUGCUGUUCUUAACCAUCACAAAACGCUGAAUUUGUGUAAUUGGAGCAACCCACCGUUUGAAAAUGGUGGCAAAGCUCAGCUUUGUAUAUUGUUUCCUAAAGUAUAUUAAAAAUAAAAAAGAAACUAUUGCUACUACAAAAUAAA